GGCUGACGUCGGACAUCCCUACACACGGCCGAGGAGAUUUCGCAAUCGUUUUCUUUCCACGUUCAAACAACAAAAGCCGGACGGAACCAAGCGCGCCUUGACCGAACAUUACCUGCCGGGUUGCCAGCUAAGGGCUGAAGCCACUCCCUCAUACAAAGAAUUCUUGGUGUGAGGACACGGAUCCAAGACUCUCAGCUGCAGGCAUCUACUCCAAAUGAGCCGGCCGUCGCAGGCGAAACUCACAACACCGAACCAGCCGGGCGUGAGCGUCAUCCAGAGCCAGGUCGCCGCAGCCGCGCCCUCCGCCACCGCCGCCUCUCUGCAGCAGGUGCCCCAGCUCAUCCCCGCCCACCCCGCAGCAGGAGGCGGAAAGGCGGCGCCGCCGAGCAAGAUGAAGAAGCAGCAGGCUGAUAAAGACAGCGAGGAGUACCGGCAGCGGCGCGAGCGCAACAACCUGGCGGUGAAGAAGAGCCGCAUGCGCAGCAAGCAGAAGGCCAUGGACACGCAGCAGCGGGUCAACGAGCUGAAGGAGGAGAACGAGCGGCUGGAGGCCAAGAUCAAGCUGCUGAGCAAGGAACUGAGCGUGCUCAAAGACCUCUUCCUGGAGCACGCACACAACCUGGCCGACAACGUGCAGCCGCCCGCCGCCGCCGCAGGAGCCAGCCCCGGCCCCAAUACCACCUCGGCCAAUGGCCAGUGAGGUCGGAGCCACACGCCCUCCUCUCCUCCUUCUCUCUUCCUUUUUCCAUGACUCCUCACGAUGCUUCAGGGCGACAAGGUGUUCAGACACUUGAGUGGUGGACUCUGAUGCUACUGACUAUUCCCCCAGAGACGCCCGAGCCUGUCCCGUCUACCACUGAGCAAAGCUGCUGUCCUCUGAUCCCAAGAGGCUCCGGAGCCUUCUGUCUCAGCUCCGCCUGCUAACGGCUCCUGAUCAGUCUUUUUUAAAGAUUUUUAUAAAAAAGAAAAGAGCGAAUCCUCGCUGGCUGUAGUUGGCUGAUGUCAUCAAGCCGGGUCACAUGGUCGCUGUCUGAGAGGCGGGAUCAUGACGGUCCACUGCAGUUGUUUUCAGUGGGACGUGAGCGCAACGCCGCUCCACUCCGCUGUCGAUCCUGCUCCUCUGUGCCGCCUCAGUCCGUCUAAACAUCCUGAUCUUCUACGUUUGGACACAAACAUUCCAAGACUUUGUUGGACGUCCCAAAAAAAAAAAGUCAAUCACCGGGCAACAACCGCCACAAAAAAUCAACCUGUUACACUCGCGUGUGUGUGUGUCAGACCCUGGAAAUUAUGUAUUUAAUAACUCAGCUGUCAUCAGAGAGCGGCCAGGCGGCGCUGGACACUGUGGAACCGUGACUUUGGCCGACCGUCCGCCUGGUGUGGUUGCAUGUUUGGAGUGCAUGUGAGGAGCUUGUUACCAUGGAAACGUUUGUGUCUGGUGUUGCUGAACGACUGUUUCCUGGUCUGUGUUUUUCUAUCGGUGACGAUUUAAUUCGUGUUAAAAUAAAACCGUUUGAUUCUUUA